UCUUCCUAGGUAAGAUACGAAAAUAGUGCACAAAAAAAAAAAGGUUUGAUUAGAAUAGAUAAAUGAGUCAAAAACACACUACUCCGAUAAAAAUGGUAAUUAAUGUAAUAAUUACAGCUUAGACAAAGUCAUAAUCGUCUUAUUACAACACAACAUUUCAAUUCAACAACAAAGCCUCUCCACCCUUUCACACACUCUUUCCUUAACCUUCUUUCUCUUUCUCUCUGUAAACUUAAAACUCUCUCUCUCUCUCUCUCUCGAACCCUAAUUCAUAAAACCAAUACUACUACACAUGUCGUUAAUGAAGGUAUUUCGAUCUCGUAAAUACUCAAAAUCCUUCAAGGAGGUUCAAUCUAUCGACACCGUCGCCGAUGACCGGAGAGACGCCGGCGGUGAAUCGGCGGAUGGAACUGAUUGGUCUACGAUGCUACCGGAUCUCCUUGCAGAGAUAAUUAAACGAGUCGACGUUGCCGAGGAACAGUGGCCGCACCGUCAAAACGUCGUCGCUUGUGCCUGCGUGUGUAAACGGUGGAGAGAUAUUACACGUGAGAUCGUUAAGUCACCUCAACGUAACGGCACAAUCACCUUUCCUUCUUGUCUUAAACAGCCAGGACCACGUGAUCUUCCCCAUCAUUGUCUUAUAAAGCGGAGUAAGAAGACUUCCACAUUUUACCUCUAUCUUGCCCUUACAUCAUCAUUCUCAGAUAAAGGGAAAUUUCUAUUAGCAGCUAGAAGAUAUAGGUGUGGUACCCAUACUGAGUAUGCUAUAUCGCUUGAUGCUGAUGACUUAUCACAAGGAAGCAAUGCUUAUGUUGGCAAGCUAAGCUCGGACUUUCUUGGCACCAACUUCACAAUUUACGACAGCCAGCCGCCCCAUAAUGGUGCCAAACCAUCAUGUGCAAGAGCUAGCCGACGUUUUGCCAGCAAACAGAUAAGUCCUCAAGUUCCUGCUGGUAACUUCGAGGCAGGGGAUGUCUCCUACAAGUUCAACCUUUUGAAAUCAAGAGGGCCAAGGAGGAUGAUGUGCUCACUGAAGUUUCCUGUCCCAUCAGUGGGUGAAAGUUCAGAUAGCAAGUCUUUUGAUGGUCAAAAGAUGCACAGUAAAGAACAUGCUGCUUCUGCGCACACAAUCUUGAAGAACAAAGCUCCAAGGUGGCACGAGCAUUUGCAGUGCUGGUGCUUGAACUUCCAUGGUCGUGUGACAGUGGCAUCUGUGAAGAACUUUCAGCUGGUUGCUACUGUGGACCAAAGCCAACCGGGAGGGAAAGGAGAUGAAGAAACGGUUCUCCUCCAGUUUGGUAAAGUAGGGGACGAUACCUUCACCAUGGACUAUAGGCAGCCCUUGUCCGCCUUCCAGGCGUUUGCCAUUUGCCUAACUAGCUUUGGCACUAAACUGGCUUGUGAGUAAUAUAAUUUUAGUAUCAUUAUGCUUAUUUAUUCCUUGGAUGUUAUAAAGUGAAUAGUUUUUUUUUUGUCCUUUCACUUGGCUGAGUAUAAUUUGAUUGUAGGAAGCUUGUUGUAAAUGUUACAUUAUUACUAAUUACUAAUAUUAAUACAACAUGA